GCUCUAUUAAUCCUGUUAGUCACCAACCAGCGCAAGGACAAAUCAUUCAUUCACCGUCACCCAAUGUGGUAAAUAAUACUUUUUGUUGGAAUGAUAAUGCAUCAUUACUUCUUUCAAAUAGGAUAAUUUCUCGAAGUGGAACACCGCCGCCAAAUGAUUACCCGGCUACUAAACAAAUAACAUCAGUACGAGCGGUCAAUAAUACUACUAAGACCACUACAGCAACUAACAAUUAUACUCUUGAUGACAAUGAAUGUCAGUCUUUAACUCCGGAUUUACAUGAUUCUGACGAGGAAUUUUUCGAUGCAAUGGAUGCUUUUAAUGAUGUACAAGUUGAAGAAGCAGUCGCUAAUAGAAUUAUCUGA